AUGGAUAACUGUAAGGCAAUGUCUACACCAAUGGGUUCCGGUACAUAUGUUGAUCAAGAUGAAUCAGGUGUUUCCAUUGACAUUACAAAAUAUAGAGGUAUGAUUGGCUCCUUAUUAUAUCUGACGGCAAGCCGUCCUGACAUAAUGUUCAGUGUUUGUCUAUGUGCUCGCUUUCAAGAAAAUCCAAAGGAAUCACAUCUCAUGGCGGUGAAACGGAUUAUGAAGUAUCUCAAAGGAACAACAAAUGUUGGAUUAUGGCAUCCUAAAGGUAGUGUUUGCAAUUUAGUUGGUUAUUAUGACGCUGAUGAUGUAGGUUGUAAAACUGAUAGAAAAAGCACAAGUGGUACUUGUCACAUCUUUGGAAAUGCAUUAGUAUAA